AAGGAGAAACCUUGGAUGGACGACCUCCAACAGACUUUGGGAGCUCAGAACACUCUUGGAGCAAAGUCUAGAGAUGGUAGAAACAUAGACACCAGUGGUAGAGGCAAUGGAGUGAGCAGUUUGGCAUGCAUCAAGGAGGUUAAGAAUCUGGUUCUUUUGAGCAGGAGAGAGGGAUUUCAUGAUGAUGAUGGUUGA